AGUAUUCCGCCAUUUAUUAUCAUUUUUUUUUUUUUUAAUUUUUAGUUAUAGUUAUUAUUUAGAUUACCUAUUUUAAGUUUUAACUAUUUUUGUGUUUAAAUCGUCUCCAAAUAAUAAUUUAAUCGAUUUAGAAUUUUAUUUUGCAUUAGUGAUUCGCAAUACCUUGACAGCGUGAAUUUGUCUGUUGUGUACUUGUGUUUGUUUUAACAUUUUAUGAGUAUUUUAAUUGUUCUCAUUGUGCAACAGUCAAAAUGUUUGGAUUUCCAAAAGAUUUUAAAUCGAAAAAUAUCACCGUGAAAAUUGAUACUAAUGUGAAACGCAGAACUUAUGGUGAUUCUUCUCCUUCUAUGCCACGUAAAAAACUUCAUAGCAGUGUUAAUAAGUAUGAUGGUAGUUCAGAUGAGCGAGGGUUGUCCGAAUAUGUACGUAGUAGCGCUCGAAUGCCACAAAAUCCUAGAGUGUCUAGGUAUUCAGAAAUUGAACAAUUUGACCGAUCUAGGGAUUUGGAUCGAUUGCAUGCCACUUAUAAAGUAUUGUGUGUGAGUGCUUUACAUCCCAAAGCAAGUGACGAACAAGUUAAAGAUACUUUGUAUCGAGAAUAUCGCAAAUUUGGUGAAUUUUCUGUUAAAAUAUCACAUGAACUAAAUGAAAGAAUGGCAUAUGUAUGUUUUAGAAGCUCAAAAGAUGCUAAAGAUGCCAAACAUAGUAAGCCUAGAAUACAUUUGUUUGAUAAAAUAGCUUUAGUUGCUCCUGUAUAUGAAAGUCGUGGUUCUAGAGAUCAUCAUGCAUCGAGAGCUAGACGUUCACAAUCCCGAAAUUUUUCUCCAGAUGUUGAAAGGUACUAUCCUGCUUCUACAGAAGUUCAUAGACCACAUCAAAUUGAUAGGUUAUAUGAAAAGGUUAUACCAUAUGGUAUUCUUCCCUCCAUGCGGCGGCCACAAGUUUUUCGAGAAAUAGGUUUGCCACCAUUACAUGCACGUGAACUUCCAAUAUCUCGACAACAGUUAUUGCACCAUAUGGCUCCUAUUCAUCCUCAUUUAGGGCCAAUUCAUGCAUUGUAUGGCCCACCAAGACAUCUUAUGCUACCAUUUAAACCAUACAUUCAUCCUCAUCUGAUGUAUGACAAAAAAGAUAAAUUUCCCAACUAUUUACACCAUAUUCCACCAGAAGACGACCCGUUAGCUACACGUACAUUGUUUGCUGGAAAUUUAGAAUUUUCUAUUACGGAUGAAGAACUUUAUUGUUUAUUUGGUAGAUAUGGAGUUGUUGAGGAUAUAGAUAUUAAACGUCCAUUGCCAGGAACAGGAAAUGCAUAUGCAUUUGUUCGUUAUCAAAAUUUAGAUAUGGCUCAUAGAGCAAAAGUCGAAUUAUCUGGUCAAUAUUUAGGCAAAUUUCAAUGUAAAAUUGGCUAUGGAAAAUCUAUACCUUCACAACGAAUAUGGGUUGGUGGUUUGGGUCCUUGGACAUCACUUGCUCAGCUAGAACAAGAAUUUGAUAGAUUUGGGGUUAUUAAUAAAAUUGAAUUUGUCAAAGGUGAUAUUUAUGCCUAUAUACAGUUUGAAUGUAUUGAUGCUGCAACUGUAGCUGUCAACGAAAUGAGAGGAGUGUCUUUAGGAGGUCCAGAACAUAAACUUAGAACAGAUUAUGCUAAAAGUAUUUGUGGCAGCCCUACAUUAACUAAUUCAACAAAGUCAUCCCAAGAUGAUGUUGCAGCAACUGCAGGAGAUUUACAAGAACAAACAAGACAAAAUGAAUAUCCAUUUAGUUGGGCAGAUGAUGAGUAUCCUUUGUAUAGUUCUAAAAUGUAUCGUAAAGAUCGUAUAGAAUAUAGUGAAGAAAGUGGAGAAUUUGACAAUCAUGAGAAUAGAUCAUUCAAGAAGCAUUCUGUUUCUGAUAUUAGUUCUUCUCGAUCACCACUUCACCAAUCGAUUGACAGUGAUGUUGACUCUGAAGAAGGAGAAAUACAAUCUCCAAGUCCUUUGGAUUCUGUUCGUACACUAGAACAUUUGGCUUGUAAAUGUUCUUAUACAUGGCAAGGCAGUCUUGUGUUAAAAAGCUCUCAGUUCCCAACUAAAUGCCAUUUAACAUCCGGUGAUACAAAUGUCAUAAAGUCAAUGAUGAAAGAUUUUGAUGGUAAAUCAAUAUUACGCAUAACUCAACGAUUGCGUUUAGAUGAGACAAAGUUGGAAGAUGUUUCUAAACGUAUGACUGCUGAUAAGCAUGCUAUAUUUUUGGCUAUGCCUUUUUCUACUAACUCGAUUUCCAACAAUGAUGCAUUGGUACAAAUUAGACCGUUACGUAAUUUAAUAUCCUAUUUAAAACAAAAAGAGGCUGCUGGGGUAAUAUCAUUAAUAAGUGAAGAUCCGGAAACAGCUGGUGUAUUAUAUGUAUUUCCUCCAUGUGAGUAUUCAGCUAAAUUAUUGAAACAAAGUGCAAAAAAUUUAAGCAGUGAAGCAUUAAAUGAUGAUCAUUUAGUCGUGGUAGUAGUUAAAGGGGAUAUUUAAUAAUAAGAAAUUUGUUUUUUAUGUAUAUUUACUUAAUAAUAAUAUAUCCAUAUAUUUUUUUUUAUCAAUUAGAUUUAAUAAUUGGAUAGAAUUAAUUAUUAUGAGUUUAUUACAAUUAAUUAUAAGUUUAAUACAAGUUUAUUUAAAAUUUAUUAGGUACAAGCAUGAACUAAAAUAAUCUUAGUUUAUCUUAAGUUUAUCUUAGUUCAUGGAUACAAGUUUGUUAUUAGUAUAAUACUAGAAUAUCUUCAUUUUAAGUUUAAUAUUUCUUAUGACCAUAAAUAGAUUUUUUUGUUACAAUAUUGAUGUUUUUAAUUUAAACGCAUAUGUUUACUAUAAAACAAAUAACUGUAGUUUAUUCAAACUAUGUAUAAGUUAGCUUGUGUCAAUUCAAGUUCACACACAGAGUUCAACUACGUAUAUGACAUGUAGAAUGCGUAACAUAAUUAAAUAUACAGAUUGGGCCACACUGUCUAUUGUAGAACAACUAUUACAAGUUUAAAAAUGUAUACUUAAGUGAUUCAAUAUGUUUCAUUACCAUUUAAAAUAAUGUAUUAUUUUAUUAUUAAUAAGUGUUAAUAUUUAUAACAACCUUACAUUUCGUUAAAUUGUUUCUCUUAUAACUUUUUAAAAUAUAGUGUAAAUUAUCAAGGAACACUUUUACCUACCACUGAUUGUUCAGUUAUAAUUUUUUAAUUGCUGUAACUAUUUAUGACAAAAUAAAUACUUAAGUUAUUAAUCAACUAAUCUUGUUCGUUAAAGAAAUUUUAUAAUUAAGUGUAAUUUGCGAUUUGACUGUUAUUGUUUUAAAAAAUAAUUUUAAUCCAUUACACAUAAACUAUGUAUGACAUAUUUGAUAGUAAUAGUAAUAUUAUUUUUGCCAAUUUAAAUUAAUUGUACAGUUACUUAAGAUAUAUGAAGCAUUGUUGUUUUUUUUAAAAAAUUUUUAUUUAUGGCGUUU